AUGUGGCAAAAGUUCCAGGAGCAAGCUGAAGCGGAUGAAAAGAGCCGAGAGCUUCAUGGCCCCAACGGAGUUGCACAGCGCAAGGAUGGGCUGGAUAUGUCCUUGCAGCAACUGAUGAGUGACGCCUCACGCAUGCGCUCGCAGCUCAAUGAGAUUGGAUUGCAACUCGGUCGUGGCGGCCGUGAGAAAGCCCUAGAGCACCUGAAACAUGCUGUGCCACGAGAUUUGCGAGAGGAGUUCCGAGAACAGCAAAAGGUGCUACUCGAACAAAAGCGGGUUUUGGACCAGCUUCGCCACGAGCGGCUGGCGGCUGAAGGGGACCAGUACUGGCUGCAUCGCAAGAACCGGCUUGAUCAUGCAGACAAUGUGGUGGGCAAGCCAGGUGUUGACCCAGCUGUGCCUCCUGAAGAACUCUUGGAAGCUCAUCAGAGAAUGCGCGCGAAUCCUAUGGACGAGCGGAUGUACGGCUGGAGCGAUCCUCAAGUGGCUGUUCCUCCUCAGGAUGGCUAUGUGAGUGCGGAGAUCCUGCAAGUCUCACGCCGACAACAACCUGGAACCGUGGCGGAGCUUUGCAUCAUUGACAAGGCCGGCGUGACACUGGCAAGAAGCAUUGCUGACUUUCCAGAUGAAGUUGGAGAGCGCUGCAUGAUGACGGUUGCAAUUCCGGAGUCAAUUGCAGCAGGAAGCGCAACUGCAGAAGUGUCCCUCCUGGGUCCUAGCUGGCAAAACAGCUUGAGAAUCACAGUGUCGGAACUUUCAGCGGGCGGUCGCCCUGAAGAAUAUUCCAUGGAUGGUGAGAAGCCAUUGACUGCAAAGAUGAUCCUGUCUUGUGUGAAACCUCAAAAUGAUCAAGGGCAACGUCUUCAAGCACGUCGGGUGGUUGAGAAUCCAUCCAUUUGCCCCCAUUCUGACUUACCAGGCUCCUAUCCUGAACUCCCUCCCUCGGAUGCACAUCGCCGCUCCCUGAAAGCAGCAUGGCAUCGACAGGGCCGCCCUGACUACUUCCACGGUGUGGAUGACUCGUAUAGCCUGGCAGCGGACCACGAUCGUCGGGCAAGGGCUGUGGCCAUGCGGAAGAGAGCUCCCAUCCGAGCAAAGGAGGAGCCAGCGGCAGCUGCCCUGGGCCCUUCAGGCCCUUCAUCCACAUCUCCGCGGUCAGAGCAGCCCGUCACAGGUGGAUUCUUCUCUGGAUGGGAGGAGCCGGAACCUUUGGAGGACACAGAAUCCAGGGCCAGUGGCUCUUCAAGAUGGAGAAGAGACACAGAUCGCUCUCCUAUCACUGGAGCCAAUCCAAUUCGAGAGUCUUAUUGGGCUUACGAAGAUGGUCUCGAAGAGAGCCAGGCAGAUGGCAGUCGCAAUUCACAUGGAUUCGCUGAACGUGGCCCCCCCGAGGAGCCUGCCAGAAGGCCACUGCAUGAUCAGCUAGGAGAGGAGAAUGUAGUCAUGACACCGGGCUUUGGCACUGGCUUCCCUUACGGCAAGAAAGGAAUUCGCUCAUUGGGCAGUGAGGAGCAGACGACCCCAAGGGGCCGUUCGCAGUCGAAGAAGAAAGCGAUGCCAAGGCCCUACUUUGAAGCAGAGCCCGACGAGAAGCCAUCUGACUGGGUGCUGCCAGAAUUCCCCUUCGCUGCCUUUGCUGGCUUUGGCUCCUCAGAGCCAGACCUCAAGGAUCAAGUGGCUGAGGAGCCAGUGGCCGAGGAGGAGGAAGAAUCUGUGCCCUCGAGCUUUUUUGCAUCCUUGGCCAUGCCAUUUGUCGCAUUUGCUGGGUUUGGAGAAGAGCCAGCAACACCACCAAAGCCACCGGCACCACCGGCUCCCAAAAAGCCGCAGGCGAAACCCAAGCCUCCAGCUUCGAAGGUCAAGGUCACCAAGCAGUCAAAGAAGACUGCUGAAGAGGAGCUGAAGGCCAUGACGGAGGUCGAAUGGCAGCCUUGGGCCACCUAUGUCGCAGAUCAGGAGGACCCAGUGGAAAACCUGGAUAGCGUCGUGUUGCCACUGCGCCCACCGCAUAGCUCGCGGAACCUGGAUCAGCUCUACAGCAAGCUGUUGCAGCGGCAGAAGGAUGGAAAGUUAGGACAACGCAAUGUCGGGCAGGAUGUACUGGAGUUGGCAGCCCGCGUUGCCAAGUUGGAGACGCUUGCGCCAAACUUGCAGCAGCACAAUGAGGAGGAAGAAGAGGGAGCAAAAAAGAUGAUGACGGCCUAUGCAGCCUUGCUCCUGGACUCCCUGCAGCAAUAUGAAGACAGUUCUGUCUUGGGACUCUGGAUUGUAGAGGCCUUGACUACCCUCCACCGCGCGGGAGAUGCGGAUCAGCAAGCAGAGUUCUCUGUGCCCUUCUUCAGGGCCUUUGUUGGUGUGGCGUUAAGGUUCCAACAAGCCAACUAUCCAAAUCUACACAUGCGAGUGCUGCAAGGUCUUGCAGAAGUUGGCAGUCCAGACUGCAGACUUUGUGAUCCUGGCUUGCUGGACUAUGUCUUGGAUCAGCUGGACCAGAACCGGAAUAAGCUCAACACCUUGACCACAGAGCAUGCCCUGGCCAUCCUUUGCAUGCUGAGAUCCCCGAUUCGUGUCGGCGAACAGAUCCGGCAUUGCCUCCUGGUGCUGCGUGGUCUGAAAUCCGAACAGCAUUUGUGCACAAGAGCCAUGGUGACCACAGCUGAACUCUACAGCGUGGUGGACAAGCUUGUUGACAAGGAGAGGGCAACAAGAGAGCAAGGCGGCAGCUCGGCAGGCGUUUUUGACGAAGAUGCUCAGACCGCCUUUGUGGCGGACCUUGGGGUUCCUCAAUCUGGUGUGGACAUUCGCUUGGUCGCCACCGUCAUGGACCUGUACCCAACCAACCGGAAGCUGGCAGGGGCCGCUGUAAGGACCUUUGCGGCCAUGGGCAAGAUCACAGGCAAACACCUCCAAGACAUCGUUUCAGGGGAGGUUCGGCCAAUCUCCAACGCCUUGCACGAGCAUGCUCGCAGCCGUUCCGUGAACCUCCACGUCGCAGAGUUGAUACACCUGAUGGCCCAACAGAGGCCAGAUUUAGUCUCUGAGGGGCUGAUUAUCAUUGCAUGCAAAUCGUUGAGAAGUUCCACGCGAGAUGCCGAGAUUGCCACGCACCUUUUGCAAUCUUUGGAGGUUUUUCUGAAGGCAUCACCCAAGGGCAAGGGCACGGCAGGGCCUACAAACUUAUCCCUGGCGCAAGCGUUGCCUUUUGAUGUAUUGGUGAAGAUUGGCGAGACUCACUUUGCCAACUCUGAAGUGAUCAGGCCACUUUGUUCUUGCAUCGAUUUGCAAGCAACAUCGUCCAAAGACUAUCGGGAUGACUUUGUGAAUGCUGGCACAGUUGCCAUCCCCCUGCGUGUCUUCGACCAGGCGGAAGUGCACUCUCCUGAAGCCUGUGCCUCUUCUGCUGCAUUGCUCAAAGAGUUGUUGAUUGAGUCCCGCAAGGCCGCCAGUCAAUUCAUGGAUGCAGGAGGGCCUCGACUGAUUCUCAAUGUCCUCAGCAAACAGUCCGACAAUGCUGCUGUGGUGCAUCAUGCAUUGUCUGCACUUGCGGUGGCAGCUCAAUUUGUACCUGUCCGUCGUGCAAUGGUGCAUCCAGAGCUACCUCACACGCUGACCUUCUUUGAUCAGAUUUUUCGUCUUGCCGAGGCGCACGUCGGGACCAUUCCAGACAUACUUUGUUGGGCUUGCUUGGCGGCCGGUGCUUUAUCAGAGUGCGAGCAUGAGGAGAGUCAGGAGAUUAUGCGGAAAGCCAUGAACAUGGAUUUGGUUCAGGCCAUGCUUACGAAGAUCCACUCGAACUUCUAUUCCCAGGUAGACAUGGUAUUUUGCCAAGAGCUGAUUUCAAUUGCAGCCAAGAGCAACUUGUCAGACCGCAACAUUCUGGCGGCCACCGGGGAGAUGCUAAAGAUGCCAGCCCGCCGCAAGGACCUGGCAGAGCCACCCAAGAGCUUUCACGAAGAGACGGUGACAGUGGUCCCAACGCCCAGCAAGGUUCAAGGGGAUUGGCAUGAGCCUUUGGAUAUUUUCGCCCCGCUCCGCCGGUUGGGAGUCGGUGCUUCUCCUGAUGAAUUUGGGGCUGCCAUUACGCAAGAGCAGAUCGCGGUUUUGCAAGGCUGCAAUGCAAGGGAGUGUGAGACGUACUUGAAGCAUACAGCAGGUGUGGCAUUUGCACCUGUAAAGGCUACUGUCGCCAGCCAAUUCAUGAAAGCCGUGAAGGAAGAAUUCCUAGAUGGUCACAAGGGGUCCGUGGAGGUCUUCAUGAACCGACGCGGGCCACCCGAAGAAGGAGAUGAUGGAGAACUCUAUGAAGGUGGGUACAUUCUCACCACAGAUGAGCAGAGAUCACUCAGACCCUUCAUUCAGCGUAUGCGAGAUGCACCUGAUAAGGAGAAGGAGUACAAAGAGAUUGAACAUCGGUGGAAUGUGAAGGCUGCAGAAGAGCCAGAAGAGCAAGGAGGCUUCUUCACCAGUGUUUUUGGAGACGGAGAUGCGAGGAAUCCCGAAGCCAAAGCCAAGGCGCCAGCGCCAGUAGCACCUCCCAACGCGCAGGCUUCGCAGCCCAACCCCCCAAAAGCGGCAGGGAAAGCCAAAGCCAAACCCACCCAGGAUGAGGACGAGAGUGACUGA